GAUGAUGCAGAUGGAUGUUGAUGGUGGCGUUUUGAUUGCACAGAAAACAGACAACAGGAAACAGGAGGAGCACAAACAGGAACAACAAAUGGAACGAACACGGUCGACAACGCUCAGUAAUCGUGUCAUCUUCACAGGUCUAUGGGAGCACGCAUGCGCGCCGCGGUAAUUAUUCUUCUACUAUUAGUCCGUCGUCGUCGAUUCAUUCUCUUUUACCCAAACACCCCACGCUCACGCCAUCUUGCCC